AUGUCCUUAGCCAUUUGCUUGCAGCACCAAGUGGAAUCCGAAGAGAAGGCCGAAAGGCUUAGAGGUCUACUGGACGAUGUCGCAAGGGUUACCUUUUUGGAUGAGCCAGACAAUCGAGCGUAUUGCUGGUUUAGAAAGUCUUCUCACAGCACACUGGAAGGACCAUGGAUCGCUGGCUUCGAACUGUACGAUAAUGAAGCAGCGUUGACGACUGUCCACAGAAGCAGCACGGAGUAUCAAGCAAUGCGCAAAGCCUCUGCAGAGGAACAGCUGUGGGGCAAAGUCUACCCGGAGAUCAUCUUCCUAGAGCCAUUGGACGACUCCGGCUUUGUGAACAAAGACUCUAGAUCCUCGUUGUUCUUCAAGGAAUGUCGGUCUACCUUUGUUGUGCUCACCAGGUUUGAAGUCGAAGACGCUGACAAAGAACUACUAUAUCAAACCCUUUCCAACUUGGGCGGAAGCCUCCGCCUGGAACACGAUGUUGUCUCAUACCUUCCACUGGUUCGUCGAGACGGGAAAAGCCUCGUUGUGACUGUCUUUGAGCAGUACGGAUCUGAGGAAGCCUACAACUCACUCACAGGGAAUCUCGAGCCGCUAAAAUCUGCACUCGAGAGUCCCAAGUGGAAGGUGGAUAUCACGACUUGGAGUGAUGGCAUAGGACAUAUCAGGGGUACGGAAUCGUCAAAGCCAAAGGUUCUGCAAUCAGAAGCUCCAGCUGUAUUCUUUGUGGCCACGCCAGCUUCUUCAGUCAAAGCAUAG